GGAUUUUGUUAACUGAUUGUCUGCAAGGUUGUUUGAAUUUAUAAUCUUGUGGUAAAACGGAUGAAAACAUAACGAGGUAAUACACGAACACGAUCUUAAGUGAGCAUUCAGUAGUAAUCAAGUUGUUUGCAAUCCAGAAACAAAACAAACCAUGAGGUUUAUUUCAGCAGUCUUCGUCAUUUUACUGACUUCCGGUAUGUUGUGCGCGGCAGACGACAAGAAAACUGACGACAAGACGUUCGCCUCCAUGUUUAGGAACUUUCUCACCAGCCUUUUCGGUUCUUCCAAAGACGACGCCAUUGUCGAUGCCAUUGGAAACGCGACCCGAAACAAUACGAAAGAGGACGUGAUCGCAGACCUGAUGGAACAGAUGUCGAAGGAGUUACCGCCCUCAACCACCACGCCUAGUAUCCCUAAACCUACAACUAUCACUGUAACGCCUCCACCAAGCAAAGAGGCCGUGUCUUCAUCGAUUGGAAUGCCUAAUCGGGUGACGUCAACGUCACGACCCACGCUAACGUCAACGUCACGAUCCGGUCUGACUUCAACGUCAAGUACUUCAACGACUUCAACUCCUGGGUCAAUAUUCGACAAUUCGUUACUUGGACAGGAUCGGUGCUAUACUGAAGCAGUUUUGCAGAACUUCUGCGCAGUGCCAGUUGACAUGGAAGAUGUCUCGUUCUGGGACCUGUACUCGGUCUUGUUCUCUGAUACCGUCAUAGACGCUCUCAUCAUCGGCUGCACGCGAGGGUCGUGGUGUCUCAAGGAUCGGUUUGACUACUGGGAGGCGUUGAUCGUGGAGCGGGUCGACAUGGUGAUGAAGUCAGAGAUCGCCCGCUCCAUGUGCCUGCCCGAGCUGCGCCCAUGCAUCUCCGCCGUGCUCAAGAGUUUCGAGAACUGCUCCAUGUUUCAGCAAAUGCAGUACACGGGCUAUGCGUUAAAUUUGAUUUGCGGUCUGAGAAAUAACGCGGAACUGACGUCAGAAUGCUUCAAGCACGUGCUCACCGGUCUACACGUGUCCCUUGCUGACGUCAUGAGAAAGAAGACUGAUAUUCCGGUAGAGACCACAGACAAGUGUCAAACACCGGAAGCUCAUAUGACACGCGGAUUGAUCUGCGUGACGAACUCGUGUCCCGGGGAAAGUGCUGUCUUUCACAGUUUCGCCCCCUGGUCUUGGUUCACCGCCACCGUAGAUGACCUGAUCCACACGUGUGACCUUGACCCCGCCAAGUGUCUCGCACUGCUCACAAGGACCCCCGGUAUGCUGUACGAGAACGAGGUAGGCACUCUGGUACUGAUCACAGUGGCUACCAUGGUUACCGCGGUCGUGCUAGCGCUCACCGUGUGCACGUGCUACAAACGUCAUCGGCGUCACGUGGUUCUCAAAGACGGGUACCAGCAACUGUUGAACGAAGGGGACGAGUCUUAAAGCUUGGAAACAAAUAAGCUCGUACACACCAACCCGAAGACUUGAAAAUAAUUGUAGACACAAAAGUCCUUUUUUGCCUAGUCAUCUUAAAAAUUGCUCGGAACAUUUGUCCAUAUGAUAUCGCGGCUUCGUUCAGUUUCUUCUUUUCUCACGUGAGCGACGUAGGGCCUUUAGUCCUCCACUUUACUAAACCAUUCUAACAUAACAACGGUAAACCCAUUUAUGCCAUAACAACGGUAAACUCAUUUAUGCCUAGUGGACUCUCCCAUCCGUCUAAAUUGGAUCAAUUUAUUUCCAAAAUUAGGGAUGUCUGGUAUAUUUAUUGGUAUAUUUAGAAUAUUUCUUACGGAAAAUCCUUAAAGCAAACAGCGCAGAUCCUGAUGAGACGCCGCAUCAUGCGGCGUCUCAUCUGGGUCUACGCUGUUUACCAAGGCCUUUUUUCUAGACACCAGGCAUAAAUGGGUUAACGCUGAGCUAGCUUUUAGCAAUUAAAAUGACAAUUUUAUAUCUUUCUUAGAAACAAAAUCAGUGUAUACAUAUAGAAGAUGCGUAUUAAAUUAAAGAACUGGUUGGUGACUGUGGACAUACACGAUACUUGAAGACUAUUAUUAUGUGAUGAAAUACUAUUGUUUUUAAUUCCGUUGUAUGUUAAAUUACCAUUUAUAAGCUUUUUGAAAGUAGUCGAUUUCUUGGCCUCGUAUCAUGAACUAGUAUCAUGAACAUUCUCAAGUUUGAAGCUUUGAGCUUCCACUCGGCUGAGCACUGAGAGCUCGCGAGCAAUUUCAAAACUCAGCUGUAUUCUUCCUCUCCCUCAGUAUGACUCAGAAUAUUAACCAAAAACACAAUCCGCCAAAUUGUGCAUGAUGAUCACCUUCAUCGAAAAACACAAAAACUAAGAAAAAUCUCAAAGUUGACUUCAUUAUGUUUGUGAUAAUAGGCCAUUGUACAUUUGUACUAAUGUAUGCUACUGUACUCAAAUAAUAAAUAUAAAUGUACUU